GCGACCCUUGACAGAUCUUUACUUGGGGACGCGAUACAGAAACGCCGAAACAUGUCACCAAAAGUUAUUUCAUUUGUUUGUCUUUUAAUUUGUGUGCUGUGCUUUCAGCACUGCUCGGCAACGGAAAAGACCGAAAAUGUCGAAGAAAAAAAGGAAGAAAAGGUUGAUGACAAAAAGCUGGAAUAUGCCAAAGGCUCGCUGUGCGGUUAUUGCGAAUAUUGUGCGUUCUGUAAGCUAUGUGAUGAGCAGUGUCCCUGCGAAUCAUCACCCAAGCAGCCCAACUGUCAUAUGUGCAAGUAUUGCAAGUUUUGCUACCUCUGCAAAGUUUGCGACUCAAUCUGUCAGCCAGGUGGCAUUAUUGAUACUGUUACAGCAGCAAUGGUUAACGCGCUCCCAAGUGUGAACAGGGACGAAGUGGACAAAGAUAUUGAGGGGGCAAAGUCUUGGAUCGAUGCAAAGAAAGAUGAGCUGUAGUUUCCAUGACACAACUAUCGAUCAUUGUGUGGACACAUGGCAAAAAAGGCAUCGAAAUUUAAGCUCACACAAUUUUCAGUUUUAUUGAAGUUAAAGGUUGAAUUCCAUAAUUAUUUUAUUAUAAAUAUUGGCUUUUCCUUAGUAUGCCGCAAUUUUCAUCCAACUUUGAAUAAGUUUUGAAUGCACAAUCAUAUCAUUGAUCAUUCUCUUAUACUUAUUGUGUAUAUAAUACAUUCCAGUGUUGCCAUUGUUAACUUAUAAGAAGAAUUUUGAUUGCAUAUCAAAUACAUGUUACAGUUUUCAUUUAUAUCCCAUUGAAUGCGUGUAAGCUUUUUAAAAUUGAAGUUCAAAUCAUACUUUGAUUUUCUAGGUUUAUUAUGAUUAAUAAAUGUGAACAAAAAUAAUACCUACUAAAAAUUGAUUAGUUUUGAAACAAUGGUUUUUACUUCGAAUACCUUAGUGAAGUGUAAUAUUACAGAUUCUUUAUGUGCGUGCAUGUUUUGCUGUGUGAUUGCAACUAACUCUCAUGUGUUGAAAUUCUCUCCUAUAUAUUUUGCGUACCCCGUAGUUGAUUUUACUUAUUCCACAUUUUAAGCAGACAUUUGAUGCCAGUGUUGUAUGAUGACAAUGAUAUUCAUGGUAAACGAUCAAAUUGUUAUUUUGAAUAUCCAAAUUUGGAUGUUGGUCAUGCUUUCAAAGAUGCAAUUAAAAAAGUGACAUUCACUUCUAUUUCAAGUGGAGAAGCAUGUUCAGAAAUAACAUUAGUAGUUAUAAUGGGAAGAGGAAUCAUUGAGACUUCUUUGACGUUAUAAGAAAACUUAUCUGUAUAUUGCCAUCAUUUUAAAUGUUUUUGCAACAUAAAUUUACCAUUACCAAGUGAAGUAGUUUAUGUGAAUCAAUACAAAAGUAUUACAUUGUCUGUAUGUUGUUAUGUAUUUAGUUGGAAUGUUUUGAAAAGUUCAUGUUUGUUUACAUUGUGUUUUAAUAUUAAUGAGUAUUUCUUCUUUUCACGAGUGAACAAAGUCUACUAUUUUGUAUGUUUGUAGAGUGUUUACUAAUAAAAUUACAUAUUAGUGGA